UCGCGAUACCGUGUGUGAGAUUUCUGUAGCACCUUUUGCUCGUUGCAGAAGGGCACAGUGAGGCCGAGGACUGCCAGUGUCUGCUAAAGGAAACAUUUGGGUUAUUGCCCUUCCUUCGCCCAGAUAUGCUCUCCAGACUUGUAAUAGUUUCAGGCUCAGCCCUGAAAAACACUGGCUCCUUUGGGCCCUGUGUGGUCCAGGCAUCUCGUUGCCUCCACACGUCUCCUCAGAGCCUGGCACCUGUACCCCCUCUGCCAGAGAAGGGAGGAAAAGUUCGCCAUGGAAUUUUUCCAGAAGAGCUUUUCACGCUGCUGUACCCAAAGACUGGGGUCACGGGACCUUACAUGCUCGGCACUGGUCUGCUCCUGUACUUGCUCUCUAAGGAGAUCUAUGUCAUCAACAAUGAGACCAUCGCUGCUGCCUCCAUUGGUGCAGUGCUCAUUUAUGGUGUGAAGAAGUUUGGUCCCCAAGUGGCAGCUUUUGCAGACAAAUUGAACGAGGAGAAAGUGUCAAAGAUCCAGGAGGUGAAAGACCAGGCCAUGGGCAGCCUGACUGAAGCCAUGGAGCAAGAAAAGAAGGAGCAGUGGAGAGUGGAAGGAAGGAACAUGCUUUUUGAUGCCAAGAGGAACAAUGUGGCCAUGCUUCUGGAGACCAGCUACAGGGAGCGGCUUCACAUGGUCACCAACGAGGUGAAGAAGAGGCUCGAUUACCAGGUGGCACUUCAGGAGCUGCAGCACCGCAUGGAGCAUGAACACAUGGUCAACUGGGUGGAGCAGAAUGUCAUCAAGAGCCUCACACCACAACAGGAAAAGGAGAGUAUCGCUAAGUGCAUCUCAGAUCUGAAAGUACUGGCUAAAGCCACUCAGGCCAAAGCUACAGCAUAAGAUUCUGUUGAUGAAUCUCUCCGAAAUCCACAAUGGAGCCACCUGCUUUUCUUUAUGAAUAAACUGUUUUCUCGUGAAGAUGGUCUGAUCUUGUCCUUUAAGUGUACAUACACGUUAAAUAAAGUAUUUGGUUAUUCACUGA